AUGUUCUCUUUUUGUUUCUGAUGUUAUUUUGUGUUGCUUAUAAUGAAAAUUUUCCAUUGUAUGGCUUCUGUGAUAUCUAAUGUAUAGAGAAAAGAGUUACAAGUUUUUAAUUCUUAACAUUUUUCUUUUAGAUUAUCUGCAAUUAUGAAAUGAAGUAACUCAAGAUGAGCAAGUUAAAAGUGAUACCAGAGAAAAGCCUUACCAAUAAUUCUAGGAUUGUGGGACUCCUGGCUCAGCUGGAGAAGAUCAAUGCUGAAUCCUCAGAAUCAGAUGCUGCCCGAUAUGUUACAUCAAAAAUUCUUCAUCUGGCUCAGAGUCAGGAAAAAACGAGGAGAGAAAUGACAGCCAAAGGUUCUACAGGAAUGGAAAUUCUGCUGUCAACAUUAGAGAACACUAAAGAUCUUCAAACUACACUUAAUAUCUUAAGCAUUCUUGUUGAGCUGGUAUCAGCUGGUGGAGGUCGAAGAGUGAGUUUUUUAGUCACCAAAGGUGGUUCACAAAUAUUGUUGCAGUUACUUAUGAAUGCCAGCAAAGAAUCUCCCCCACAUGAAGAAUUAAUGGUACAGAUUCAUUCUAUUCUUGCAAAGAUUGGACCAAAAGAUAAAAAAUUUGGAGUAAAAGCUAGAAUUAAUGGGGCUCUGAACAUAACCCUGAAUUUGGUCAAACAGAAUUUACAGAAUCAUCGCUUGGUGCUACCUUGCCUUCAGCUUCUACGAGUAUAUUCUGCCAACUCUGUGAAUUCAGUAUCCUUAGGGAAAAAUGGAGUUGUGGAACUGAUGUUUAAAAUCAUUGGACCAUUUAGUAAGAAGAAUUCCAGUCUUAUAAAGGUUGCUUUAGACACUCUUGCUGCAUUGCUAAAAUCAAAAACAAAUGCCAGGAGAGCUGUAGACAGAGGAUAUGUCCAAGUGCUUUUAACAAUUUAUGUAGAUUGGCACCGCCAUGAUAAUCGGCAUAGAAACAUGCUCAUUCGAAAAGGAAUUUUACAGAGUUUAAAAAGUGUUACAAACAUCAAGUUGGGAAGAAAAGCAUUUAUUGAUGCCAAUGGGAUGAAAAUUCUGUAUAACACUUCACAAGAAUGUCUAGCAGUGAGGACUCUUGAUCCUCUUGUCAAUACCUCCAGUCUGAUAAUGAGGAAGUGUUUCCCAAAAAAUCGACUGCCACUCCCAACGAUUAAAAGUUCUUUUCAUUUCCAGUUGCCUGUUAUUCCUGUGACUGGUCCUGUGGCUCAGCUCUACAGCUUACCCCCGGAAGGUAGGAUCACAGGGUCACGGCUGCUUUUUGCGGGUUCUUAGAACUAUGUGACCCUGUCAUUUUUCUUUUAACUAAUGUCUAACUCCUCAGCAAAGGAAGGCCUUAGUGAACAUGAUACACAUUCACAUUUUAUUUUACUUAAGUAUUUCUUUAAAUAUAAGAAAUUGGAGGCUAGUAAUUAAGUGAGGUAGUGUGGGAUAUGUUGUAUAUAUGUAAGUGUGAAUUGUGAAAUAAUUAAGCUUCAUAUGGGAAAGUUAUUUUUGAUAGCUUAUGUACUUUUUUUUUUGUCUUUUUUUUGAGACAGAGUCUUGUUCUGUUACCCAGGCUGGAAUGCAGU